AUGAAGGCGAACAUGGACGCUGCCAGGGCCAUCGAGUUGGACCCGACAAACGGCAAGGCCUACUACCGGCGAGGCUGCGCUACGCUUGGCAUGGCUCCGAGUGCCAGCCGAGCCAAAGAGGCCAUAGCCGCCUUGGAAACGGCUUUGUCAGGCAGAGCAUCUGGCGGAAAGGAUGGCAUCAUCCUUCCGAAUGCCAUGAGACAUGAGGUGUCAAGCCUCCUGGACUAUGCCAAACGACGGCUUGACGCUUGCACAGAGGCAGCGGUGCCCGACGUCGAAAGUUGCCGCGAAAAUUGUCGGCAGCAAUGA